AUGCAGCGUAUGCCCCAAUUUCAGACAGAGAAGAAGCCUGUGUCGCCCCUAGGAGACUGUCCCUGACAGUGUCCUGGAGGCCAAGCAGAGCAGAAGAGAGAAGACUUGCUACUGGGAAAAAAAGGGUAAGUAAACAUUAUUUUUAUUUGGAGGGGGCACCUGGCAUCUAGAGAGGUAAAAUAAUACUCCAAAAGUGAACAUUGUCUUUGGUGUGUAUCUCAGGUGUAUGUAUAUUAUAUUAAUAUCUGUGUAUGUAUUAUAAACAUAAAAAAAAUACAUAUCUACAUGGUUAUACUAGAUACACAUAUACACAAACUCACUGGCACACAUGCUAGCACACAAACACUCUGUGGUGCAAACAUAGUUCGGAUAGCGGGAAAAGCCAUUAUAUAGCCUAAGUAAACUAUGGCAAAGCGUGGAAAAAUGUCCCAUGUUUUGCAAUAGGUGUGCUCUGAUUGAUUGGCUUGUAAGCUAACCAACAGUGUUCUGACUGACAAGUCUGAAAAAAACGGCUUUCCCCACCAUCAGAGCUCAGUCUGUGGCGAGCUCACUAUGGAUAAAGAAAGAUCAAUUUUAUUGCGCCACAUUUUGUUUCUUGCCAUCAGGCCUUUUUUAUAUUAUUUUAUUUGAAAUAGUUGCGUUCAAAAUUUUUAUUUGCCUUGUUUUGGGCUGAAGACAAAAAUAAUUAGAAGAAAGAGGACUGCUGGUGAUAAGUAGUGAUCCUCUAGGUGUUAAAUCCUGACUUCCUAUGGCCUAGACCUGAUCCAACUCUUCAUUCAGGCAAUUAGGGGCUAAGGUGUUUAACUUAAAGAUCAAUUUGGGUUCAGCUCUUGAAAGAGCUCUUUUUUCUCAUCACCCUUUCUGUGUCUUCUCUUUAUUUCUGCUAGGGUACAAGUACCACCAGUGGCUAAACAGAAGCAGAUAUUUAAAGUUGUAAAAAUGUUAGGAACACAAAAUAUCAAUAAUAAUAUUAAAAGCACAGUAAAAACUGUUGCCUGCAAUAAAAAUUGAGUAGUCUGGUACCAGGGGUAGAGGGAGUGAUAGUACAGAGAUCAAAUAUACAUAAAUAUCCAUAGAUUAGAUUUCUAGCUCAAGACUGGAAAUAAAGGAGGUCACCAAUCCUCUCUAGAGAAAUAGAUAUAGGUAUGUCAUUAGUAAAAAUGAUAGGAUAUUCCAGGAGCUAGUUAAAUUGCAGCAAUAGAAAAUUCAAUAGAUAAACUGUAACUAGUUAUUAAAAGUAGAUAAAUAUAUAUAAAACAAACUUUAUAAAGUUCCAAAUUGUUCAUAUAGAAAGUCUUGUGAUGGAAAUGAAUAAGUCAAUUAUAAAAUGGAAGAAUUAAAAUCUUCCAUUUUAUAAUUGACUUAUUCAUUUCCAUCACAAGACUUUCUAUAUGAACAAUUUGGAACUUUGUAAAGUUUUUUUUUAUAUAUAUUUAUUAUUGUGGGAGCACUUUAUUCAUAUCUCUGUGAUUUACCAAUAUAUUUUUUAUGUACCUCUUACUUUAGUAUGAUCCUACAUGCUGCUUCACUAUACUUGAUACUUUUUGGGAAGUUUGUACUAGUAUCUUUGUGGUCAGAAAUAUGAGAGGUUUUUUUAAACAUUGUAUUAUCUUAUUUUGAUAUACAUGUGGUCCUUGUUUUGCGACCUACCUGUUUUACUACGGCUCAAUGCGAGCCGUCAUCGGGAUUCCCUGCUCUGGUGCGUUCGUCUAUGUUCGGGGAAACUUCCCCGAACAUAGACAAACUCACUAGAGCAGGGAAUCCUUCUAAUCUAUGUUCGGUGAACUUUCCCCUCACUUACCGACCAUGUCGUAGGAUCAGAACCCGGUCGGUAAAUGAGGAGUGUCUGUAUUUAGUUUGAGUUCUAGAGAUAGACCAGCUGUUAUUAAACCUAUGUUCAUUGUUGGAAUUUGAUUCCUGAGUAGAUUUUUUUAUAUAAAGUUUGUUUAAACUAAAUCAAGUGUAUUUUUAUACUUCUAUUUAUAUAUAUAUAUAUAUAUAUAUAUAUAUAUUUUUUUGUGGAGUUUUUCAGGUUUGAAUUUCAGAUAUCAAGUCGCUUUUCACAUAUAUGUUGCUGCUCAGAAUUUAUAGAAUUGUAGUUCUCCUUUUACUGUAUUAAUCUUUAAUAAUAACUCUGCAAAUUCAUAUACUAUUUUAAUAUAAUUUCUAGGCUUUGGCAUGCAUCAAAUGGGCAUUACAUUGGAUAUUUUGGACAGCCAAGGGUAUUACAGCUGUCACAUUCUGCUAAAGUUUUUCUCCCUGCUGAUAUUACCGAGAAGCCUGAAGACUCAAGAAUUGAAUCUGAUAACUUGACUAAGUAAGAAAUGAAAGUAAAUAGACAUUACAAUAUACAGUAGCACACAAACAGUUAUGAAUAGCAUAGCUUUUUAAAUUGUGAAAACAGAUAUACAAUAGUACCUAAAAAUGAAACAAAUAUAAGAAAUAAUAAACAAUAUACUGCAUGGUGGGUGGAUAAUAAUAAUAAUAAAAAGCAUAGCUAAUGUCACCCAUCAUCCUCCAUACAGUGAGCAGGGUAGAGGGAACAAUAAACUACAAGGUCACUAGGUUCCCCUUAAGGUCUACAAAGCCUAGGCCCCCUUAUAAACAGUAUCUAUGUCUCCAUGCAGUGGGUGAUUUCUACCGGGUCUGCUUCUUUUGAAUGUUUGAUUAAUUAAUUCAUAGUUUGUGUGGAAAUUAAAGGGACCCUAUGGGUACCAAAACAACUUUAGCUUAAUAAAGCAGUUUUGGUGUAUAGAUCAUGCCCAUGUAGUUUCAUUCUUCAAUUCUAUGCCAUUUAUGAGUUAAAUCACUUUAUUUAUGCAGCCCUAGUCACACCUCCCCUCAUGUGACUUGCACAGCCUUCCAAAACAUUUCCUGUAAGGUGAUAUCUAAUGUGUAUACAUCCUGUACAGCAGAUAUUGUUUAAUUUAGAAUUUCUUAUAUCUCUGCUUAUAGCCUUCUAUACUCUGCAUGAGCCUCCUCUGUGUGAUUAAAGUUUAAUUUACAGAGCAAAAGAUAAAAAAACUUAACAAAUUAACAUCUGAUUAAAAAUCAAAUAUUUUUUUUUCAUGCAGGCUGUGUGAGUAACAGCAAGGGGAGGUGUAGCUGUGGCUGCUUGAACAAUUUAACUCCUAAAUGGUAGAAAAUUGAGUAGGAAGACUGCAUGUUCCAUACAACCAAACAGCUUCAUUAAGCCAAAAUUGUUUUGCUGCCCAUAGUAACCUAAUAAGCCCUGUUAGUUGACUAUUUGUUUGUGUUGGACAGUGCAAAGGUAACUGGCUAAAUAGAGUAUUCCACUGGCAAUGACAUAUAAACCACUUAUCUCAAUUACUUUCAAUAUGGUUGCUUAUAUGGCAUAAUAGUAUUUCCUUUAUUUUCUUGGCAACCUUUAAUGUCGGACAUGCAUUUUAGCAAACUAGUCAUUAUUAAAACUUUUUUCAAAUGUAACAUUUUCUUUUAAUUGCUUUCCAUGUAUAUUUCAGAUUUGGAAGCGGGACUCUAAACAAAAGUCUUUCUUUGGAUGUCGGUUUAUUUAAAUACUUAUCAUCUCUUAAGGUAUGCAGCAUUUUUUUUUGUUUUAUGUAAGAUUAAUACGCAUAUUACUGUAAUUUGUUUUUCAAAGUAAAUUUCAUUAUUUUCAUACAUCUGUUUUUCAGAUGUCCAAAAAACGCGUUUUGAAGAAUUCAGAAACUGUGCUAGAGCUAGCAGAUAUCUUCACCCCUUUAACAAUGCUGAAGCAAUUACAGCUCCCAGUCACAAAAGCCCUUUGUCAGGGUACACUGCUUUCUCCUCGAAGCUCCCUCCAGUAA